UUUGAUUUUUUGAUUCAAUUGAUAUUUUUUAAAUAUUUUAUUUUGAAGAAAGAAAAUGAAAAUAAAGAAACUUUCUUGAAAAUUUUACAAAAAAAGCAAACACACGCAAGUAAACAAUGCAAUGAAAAAUCAGUUUUAAAUCGAUUUUAUAUCCAAGUGCCGUAAGUACGUGACAAAAUGGACGAAUCGUCAGAAAAUUGCACCAGUAAUGUAAACUCGGACAUCGAGACCUUGGACUAUUUGCGCGGCGUUAAAUCCUCCACUUGCCUUCUGCUGCCGACGACACCUAGUCCUACUCCUCUAGAGUUCAAACACCCUCUAUCUGAAGAAAUGAGUGAACAACCAUUUUUGACCAUAAACGAUGAUGACAACAACAUUGGGAAUUUGCAGAAUUCAGUUGGUGAUUCUAGCUCAUCAGCGGACUCCAACUCCGUAGUGCAAGAUCCUGUCAGCGCUCAGCUCAUCAACAAUAUCAGCAUGCUGGAUUAUCAGACUUUAAGCAAGAAUGGAGACCUCAUCAUGGGGCCUAUCGAGGAUUGCAAGCUGAAUGGAAACCUGAGCGUAAGUAACCGGAAGUUACCAAACUUUGUCAACUGGAACUGGGGGGUGAUCAGGAAGGUUUUGCUCUGGAUCGUGCUGUCCGGCCUCGUGGCCUGCCUCGCCUCCAUCAUCGCCAUGGUCGUCACCAUGCCCCGCGAAUGCAACCCCGACAUACCAUGGUACCAGGGCAAAGUCUUCUACGAAAUAUUUCCAGCCAGUUUCAAAGACUCCAAUAAUGAUGGCAUCGGUGAUUUCAAAGGGAUCAUUAAAAAGUUAGACUAUAUUGAAGGUAUGGGUGCUUCGGCAGUCAGGUUGAAUUCUAUUUUUGAGGCUCAUAAUUAUCCUGAACAGUAUUAUAAUGUUACGACUUUGAUGAAAAUUGCUAGAAGCUUGGGCAAUGUUGAUGAUUUUAAGCUUUUGAUAACAGAAGUGCACAAAAGGAACAUGUCUCUGAUACUCGAUUUGCCCGUGUCUUCCAUGGUCAACUCCCAAGCACCAAGUAAUGCAACACAAGCUUUUCUGUAUGCGAAUGACAGUAUAAUUGGUAGUUCUGAUAUGACAACAGCUGCUAUAGUCUACUGGGCGAAAGCGUUGAAUGUGGAUGGAUUUUAUUUGAAGAAUUUAGAACAUUUCGUGGAGGAUGUCAACUUUGGUAGGAGUCUCCAGGUUUGGAAACAGAUCGUUGGGUUCAAUAAGAUUCUGAUGGCCAGCGAGAAGACUUUACACAGUGCGACUGGUGAUGCUCUUAACGUCUUGCUGUCGAGAAUUGAUCUGAUCGAUGUUCAUAUAGAUUUACGCGACGAUGUAGCUGGUCUAGUUGCUAAAAUUACUGAUAUUGUAGCCGGUGAUCUCUGGUCUAAACCACACUAUCCUUGGGUGCAUUGGAACAUAGGGAACAUCUACAGCGAGAGGAUAUCCACCAAACAUAUAAACAAUACCUUAGCUUUGACCGCUUUGGAAUUCAUGUUGCCUGGUACGGUCAGCAUAUUUUACGGUGACGAGAUUGGUCUGGGAGGUCUGCCUGAGGAAGAUGUGGAGAAAGAUUUCCACGACCAUCAGUACAUCCACAAUUUAGUUCCAAUGGCGUUUUCUGGUAACGAUGGAAAGAAGAUGGAAAUUGGCAUAUUGCCGUGGAAUUCCAAGUCGGUUUUGGAGCCGAACUACAACUUUUUGGAGGUUAUCAAAACUUUUACCGGUAUAAGGUUAAGCACUCCCACUAUUUAUUUGAGGGCGAUUUACAAAGACGCGAGUAUUCAGAAGAAUAUGGAGAUUGAGGUGAUAGGGGAUUCCCUGGUUCUGAUUGAGAGGUGGUACCCUCGCAGGAACUCGUGCGUGUUCGUAGGGAACCUUGGCAGUAAGCCUGUGACCACCGAUCUCUCUAUCAUGUUCUACGGAGGCACGGUGGUCGCCGCAACGAAUUCCUCGCUGGUCGGACAGGUGUUGUAUUUUGAUAAAGUUACUUUCCCACCGAAUUCCGCCAUUUUGUUCAAGUUGGAGAAAUAAAAUAAUGUCACGUAUUUUUUUGUUUACGACGCCAUAUUAAAUCUGUUUAAGUUGUAUACUUACGUUUUUAGUUUUUAGCGUAAUCUCAUUUUGGAAUUUCAUAAAAUUUAUUAUAGGAUUUUUUUAUCAUAAUUAUUUUUUUUUAAACUUAUAUACAGUAUUUUUCUACCAAAAAUUGAGUGUUAGUAUUUGAUACUUAUUAUAUCAAGGUAGUCAUAAGUUAUUUGACUAAAUGUUUUUCUUUUAAACUAUUAGCUGUAUAAAAUAUACAUAUAAGUAUUAGGUACGCGCAAGACGCUAAUACUCUCGAAAAUAUUACAAACUGUCAGUAUGUACUAUUGUGACGUAAAUUUAUUGAAAUUGGUCACUUUUAUUUAAAUUAAUAUUUUGCUGUCUUACCAAAGAUUCUGUAUAAUGACAGUAUUUUAUACUUAUAGACUUUAUAAAAUAAAGUCUUUAAAAAAUGUAAGUCUACUUAAUUUUUUUUAAACUUUCAUUUUUUUUAUUACUUUAAAAAAAAUGUUUUUACCUAGAUACAUAUAGUUUUUUUAUAAUAUUUACUUUGAAAAACACUUAAAUAUUUAGCUUUGAUAAAAUUUCGUAGGGAUCCAAUAAUCAUAUCUACGAAUCCCAUGUAUUAUUUUAUAUGUUAACUAAUUUUAUCUUAAUUUUUUUCUAUAUUUUUUAUGAUUUUAUUUUAUAGAAAAAUCAUCAGCAUUAUUUAAAAAUAAUGUAAUAUAAAAUAAAACAUUUAUAUACAGUAAUUAAGUGUAUAAAAGAUCUAUUGAAAAUUUAAGGAUAUAUAAUGAAUCUCUGUUAUUGGUUCAAAUAAAUACGCUCUAGAUAUUUGUAUAAGCAGUAGUGUAGUUUAGUUCCUUGUAUUUGUAUGUACGAUGACACACUGCACGCGUCACGUCGUCCGCGACUUGCGCGUGAAGUAGUUUACUCCAAAAGUUAAAGUUAGGUACUUACCAUGACUACUAUGUGAAUGAAAUAGUAACUUAUACAGUAUUUCUUAACGUUGUGUUUUUAAUUUGUAUCCAGUUUAUGUUAUUUAGUAUACGAGUUGUGUUUUUAAUAAA